UUGGGAGAAGGAUAGAAGUAGAUAGGAAGCGAAGGGCACACAUAGGCGACGUUGCAGGAAUUGAUUGGACUAAGGAAAACGGAUCGGCGUCCGUAUUGGUUCCCGCGUAAAUUCUCCUAACUUAUUAUUGUUAUUUUUUGUCUGAAAGAAAGAAAGAAAGAAAGGGGGUUACGAAUAAUAGACUUUUCUCUCUACGUAUAAAAUCCAAAUCCCCAGAAUUUAACGGAAUUACAGAUAUGUCAUUUAGCGACCGGAAACACCGCCGGGGUCCCAAGGUGCUUCCGCUCCUCGACCAGAAGGUUGAGGAUUCGGAGCAUGCUGAGGGCGGAUUCGACGGCGCGUCCUACUCCGGCGCCGUCUUCAACCUCUCCACCACCAUAGUCGGCGCCGGGAUCAUGGCCCUCCCGGCCACGCUCAAGCAGCUGGGGACGAUUCCGGGGCUGCUCGUCAUCCUCCUCGCUUCGAUGCUCACGGAGAAGUCGAUUAGCAUUUUGCUCAGAUUCAGCAAGGCUUCCAAGACCGCCUCCUACUCCGGCCUCGCCGGCGACACUUUCGGCGGCUUUGGCCGGACGCUCUUGCAGGUCUGCAUUGUGGUUAACAAUGUCGGCACCCUGGUCGUCUACAUGAUCAUCAUUGGGGAUGUCCUAUCUGGGAUUUGGUUCGAUGGGGUGCACCAUUUGGGUGUAAUGGAAGAAUGGUUCGGUCAACAUUGGUGGACGACACGUUCCUCCUUGGUGCUUAUUAUCAGCCUUUUUAUUUUUGCUCCUCUCAUUUCAUUCAAACGUGUAGAUUCUUUGAGAUACACAUCGGCCUUGUCAGUGGCUUUAGCUGUUGUCUUUGUGGCAAUCACAGCCGGUGUAGUCAUUGUUAAGAUGAUAAAUGGUAGCAUUCAAAUGCCACGCAUGCUGCCUAACGUUGUUAAUCAGGCAUCUUUCUGGAAACUUUUCACAGUUGUUCCUGUACUUGUCACUUCCUACAUAUGCCAUCACAAUGUACAUCCUAUAGAAAAUGAACUUAAAGACCCCAGCCAGAUGAAAUCAAUAGUCCACACAUCAAUCACGUUAUGUACUUGUGUCUAUAUUGCAACUAGCUUUUUCGGAUUCCUUCUCUUUGGUGAUCAGACACUGGACGAUGUACUUGCUAACUUUGAUGGAGAUCUUAAGAUUCCUUACAGUUCAAUGAUUGAUGAUUUGGUGAGAGUGAGCUACGUAAUUCACUUGAUACUUGUGUUUCCUAUAGUCUUCUUUUCCCUCCGCCUCAACCUUGAUGGCCUUCUAUUCCCGCAUUCAAUUCCUAUUGCCUAUGACAACCGGAGAUUCUAUACUGUUACGGCAGUUCUCAUGUGUUUCGUAUUUUUGGGAGCAAAUUGUGUGCCAAGCAUCUGGGAUGCUUUUCAAUUUACUGGUGCCACAGCUACCGUCUCCGUUGGUUUCAUCUUUCCAGCUGCCAUUGCCCUUAAGGAUCCUCAUGGAGUUGCAACCAAGAAUGACAAGGUAAUGUCUUGGAUCAUGAUAGUUACCGCUGUGUUUUCAAACACGGUAGCCAUCUGCUGCGACAUAUACAACAUUUUCAACAUUGGCGGUGGGAGUUGAUCGAAACGAGUUUGGGUUGGGAAACAAUGAGGGCACUUUUCAACAUUUUCGAAAACUAAGAAAUACUCAGCUGCAUUGAUCUCGUUUUCCCGGCUCCUGACUGACGCCUGACCUAACCGUUCAACUGAUGAAAGUAAGACAUGCAUAUUUUAUUUAUACUCUAUAGUUGUGGAUUGUGAAGAAAUUUUGUUAAGUUGUUAACACUAUUCUUUAAUCUGCAAUGUUCUUCUUAACAUAGCAAGACAAUUUUUUACAGAUACAAUGAAAACCAGAUAACAACAAUACACAGAUUGUAACCAUUGUUUUGUGGGGAACAUUCAAUAUAGUCUGUACUUCCUUUUGGUUGGGGAGGUUCAGGUUCUUUGUAUCAGAACAACCUUUAUACUGAAUUACUGACACUGAAAUAUGAACUGUACAUCUUUAUCUUUA